AUGUCACAAUGUCGUUUGUUUGUCAAUGUAAACUGAGUAAUAUUGUUUUCAUAAAAAAAUAUAUGAUUUAUUAGUCGAAUUUAAAAUAGACAUUGAGUAUUUAAUAACAUCUACAUAUUAUACCGUAUUGUUGUUUAUAUGAAAAAAAAAAUAUAGGUACGCGUUAACAUAACCUAAUUGUUGAGCAUCAUUUUUCGUCAUGGCUUUGCAGCUUUCUAGAAGGGAAGUAGAAGAUUUGCGUUCUUCUAUAGACCGAGCAAUAUACAGAACAAUUGGUAAAUCUGAUAGUUCACUGUUAUCGACAGUAUCUUCAUGUUUAACCAAUGGAUACGAGCGCCGAAAAAUUAUAGACAGGCUGUCAUCGCACAUUGAUUCGAAAAAAGCAAGCAAACUCACUGAUAAGGUAAUAGCUCUCGCACAAGAGCUGAUUUCUUCGUCCAAGUCGCAGAAACGCAAACAUGACAGCAGCGAUAAAGAGAAAGACAUCAAAAGAUCACGCCACGAUGAUAAAUACGAGUCGCGUGACGACAGACGCGACCGCCACGACAAAGAACGGGAACGGGAGAGGGAAAAGGAGCGGGAUGAGAAUAAGAAGAACGACAACGGGAUCGAGAUACCGUCCAUCCUGCCUGAGGGGGAGACUGUGGGAUCCAAGAUGGCGGGCUUGAGUGCUGAUAAAAUUAAGCUAAUGAUGGCGAACGCUCAAAAAGAGAUCGAGGAACGCAAACGGGCCCUCAUGGCCCUCAAAGGGGAUAAGGGUAACGUCACAGUAGCGGCACAAACGGCGCAACAGAUAAAGGUGCAAAUGCAGCAGAGCAGUGCGAUGCCACCGCCCAGUGUGAUCAAACCCAUGCUGUAUUCCAAGCCAGCUGCCGGCGCGAUGUCAGCUGAAGAGAUGGAGAAACAACAGAAAAUAGCCGAACUACAGGCUCGGAUACAAAGGAAAUUGGCUGGUGGGGCAUUACAAGCGGGUCUAUCCGGCCCCGCCCCAUUGAUAUUAGACCGUGAGGGACGAACGGUGGACCCCGCGGGACGGAGGGUGCAUCUCACGCAAGUUGUGCCCACUUUGAAGGCGAAUAUCCGAGCGAAGCGUCGCGAAGAGUUCAAAGCUCAGCUCUUGGGCCAGGCGUCGGUGGAGCCGAGCGCUGAAGCAUCGUGGGUUGAUGCUCGCGUGACCAACAAGCCGGCAGUACGGGCACGCAGGGCACUAAGGUUCCACGAGCCCGGCAAGUUCCGCCAGAUGGCUGAACGGCUGCGGAUGAAGGCUCAACUAGAAAAGCUACAGAACGAAAUAUCUCAAAUCGCGCGAAAAACCGGUAUUUCUUCGGCCACGAAACUUGCGCUAUUGGCGGCUGAUGUACCGGAUUCGGAUCGAGUUCCAGAUAUAGAAUGGUGGGACAGCGUGAUACUAUUAACGCCGGAAGAACGCGAAGCGAAGCGAAGCACAAGCGACGCGAACGACGCUCGCACACACACACAGCGCGUCACUGAUUGUAAUAUCGGUGAUGAUGAUAUUGUGGACAAUCUGAAUGGUGAUGCUAUCACCAAUUUAGUGGAACACCCGCAGCAGUUGAGGCCACCGACCGAACCGCUCAAACCAACGUACAUGCCAGUCUUUCUUACCAAAAAAGAGAGGAAGAAGUUGAGGAGACAGAGCAGAAGAGAAGCGUGGAAGGAGGAGCAGGAGAAGGUGCGGCUCGGGCUCGAAGCACCGCCUGAACCGAAGCUUAGGAUAUCGAACCUAAUGCGGGCGUUAGGCACGGAAGCGGUACAAGACCCGACCGCCAUUGAGGCGAAAGUUCGAGAACAGAUCGCGAAGAGACAAAAGACACAUUUGGAGGCGAACAAAGCUAGAGCGCUUACUAAGGAGCAGAAGAGAGAGAAGGUUGAUAGAAAAAUUCGAGAGGACACAACUAUGGGCGUGCAUGUUGCUGUGUACAGGGUGAAAGACCUAUUCGAGUGUGCGUCAGCGAAAUUCAAAGUGGAAGUGAACGCACAACAACUUCACAUGACGGGAUGUGUUGUGUUGCAUCGGGGUUGUUGUGUCAUUGUUGUGGAGGGGGGGCCGAAACAACACGCUAAGUAUAAGAGACUAAUGUUGCACCGUAUCAAAUGGGAGGAGGAAACGGUGAAAGAAACAGACGGUACAGAAGUGCCGAAUUCGUGCCAACUCGUGUGGGAGGGCACUACGGCACACAGAUCCUUUGGGGAGAUUAAGUUUAAGGUGAUGCCAACAGAAAAGCAAGCGAGGGAACUAUUCCAAAAGCACAAAGUCGAACACUACUGGGACCUAGCGUACAGUGGUGCGGUUCUAGGUUCUAUAGACGAACCCUAGGUUCGAUAGAUUUGGAGAAAUACACGGCUGGAUCGAUUUUGAUGUAACAACAUGUACUGCAAAGUGAAGAUGACAUAUAUGUUAAAUAA